AUGUAUUGUGAAUUCAGAUAUGAAGAUGUGGGCAAAGCUUUGGAUAAUUCAGGGCUGGGCCACAAAGAAAGAAGGCCUCAGCCAGAACGUGCUGAGCAACAGUCAGUAGAAAUCAGUUUGCAAAGAGAGUACCUUUGGGAAUUUAUUCGCGAUCUUCUCCACUCUCCUAAGAAAAACAGCAGCAUUUUGGAAUGAGAAGACAGAGGAGAAGGAAUAUUCAAAGUUGCGAAGUCCGAUUCUCUGGCUAAGCUCUGGGGACAAAGGAAAAAUAAUGAGCACAUGACCUAUGAGAAACUAAGCAGAACAUUGAGGCAUUAUUACAAAACUGGAAAUUUGGAACGGGUGCAUAGAAGGUCAAUGUACAAGUUUGGAAGGAAUGCAUAUGGCUGGAGAUAAAUAUCCUCGUUUACUCAUCAAUUACAACCUGAUUAUAAAUAUGGCCCUAAUGGAAAAUAAGAGACUACGCUAGAAUGCACUCGUGCACUCUUCAGAAACUAGGCUAUCAGUAAUCAUCAUAACUAGGCAAUGUAAUCACAUUCCUAUUACAGAUCAAACCCUUACAAUGAAUGUUGUAUUAAAAAAAAGAUUAAAUAUACAUUAAGCUCAUAAUAUAUAGAUGUUGAAUUGCAAUGUAUUAUGUUGCAAAUCACUUUGUAAAUACUCAGGAGUCAAUGCACUUCAAAAUCUAUGAUCUACAUCUACCUAUCACUUUUGUUUUCUUGUGUUUUAUAGACAACCAGUUGUUUAUCUCUAUUACAUUGACCUACAUAAAGGAUACAGUGCAGAAAUAAGCAAUAUACUUGACCUUCCUCCCAUCUUUCCUCACCUAUCCAUUUAUCCCUUUAUUCUUUUCUUCCUUGA